CGGCAGGGCGAGAGCGCUGAGGCGAGGCCGGCGGGAAGAGGCGCAGCAGGCCCCGAACCAUGAGGCGGCGGCGGCGGCCUGAGGAGGAGGCGGAGCAGCAGCGGAAACAGCAGCCCUGAGGGGAAGCCAGGCUAGGCCCAAAAGCCCAGCAGGACGGGAAGAGAAAGAGGCGGGCGGGCAGGCCGGGCCCAGCCAUGGACAAUCAGGUGAGGCGAGGGGGGGGAGGGGCCGCUCUCGCCCCGCCCUCCCGCUCCACAAGAGGGGCGUGGCUUGGCUGCAUUGGCUGCCCCCGCAGGCCCCGCCCCCCGCCUGGUGGAAAGGGGGCGGGGCUUUGGCGGCCCUGAGGGGGAGAGGGGGCGUGGCGCGGCUUGGCGGUGCCGCAGAGCCCUGGCUCCUCCCCAUGGUGGGCGGGGCCUUUUUACCUGCUGGCCUUUUUCACCCUCGCGGCUACGCCUCUCCCAUCACACACACACGGAAGGGGGCGUGGCUCUGCCUCGUGGGUGGGCUGCCAGCUGCCAAAGGGGCGUGGCUUGUCACCCUUGGGUUUGUGGCGUUGGGAAGGGGACCGCCAGGGUCAUCUAGUCUGACCCCACCCCACCCCCCGCGAUGCAAGGAUGAUUAUUAUUAUUUCCGUACCUUUCCGAGCACAAUUAGUAUGGACUGUCUCACCAGAACGAUGCAUGCUCUGGUUAUCUCCCGCUUGGACUACUGCCAUGCGCUCUACGUGGGGCUACCUUUGAAGGUGACCCGGAAACUACAACUAAUCCAGAAUGCGGCAGCUAGACUGGGGACCGGGAGCGGCCGCCGAGACCAUAUAGCUCCGGUCCUGAAAGACCUACAUUGACUCUCAGGAUGUUUCCGAGCACAAUUCAAAGUGUUGGUGCUGACCUUUAAAGCCCUAAACGGCCUCAGUCCAGUAUACCUGAAGGAGCAUCUCCACCCCCAUCAUUCUGCCCGGAUGCCGAGAUCCAGCGCCGAGGGCCUUCUGGCGGUUCCCUCAUUGCGAGAAGCAAAGCUACAGGGAACCAGGCAGAGGGCCUUAUCGGUGGCGGCGCCCGCCCUGUGGAACGCCCUCCCACCAGAUGUCAAAGAGAAAAAUAACUACCAAACUUUUAGAAGACAUCUGAAGGCAGCCCUGUUUAGGGAAGCUUUUAAUGUUUAAUAGGUUAUUGUAUUUUAGUGUUUUGUUGGAAGCCGCCCAGAGUGGCUGGGGAAACCCAGCCAGAUGGGCGGGGUAUAAAUAAUAAAUUAUUAUUAUUAUUUUCCCAACAGUAUAGCUCCCUCCUCCAGUUACCGAAAUGGGGAGGGAACAGGCCCCUCUCCUCCAGAGUAUGGAAAGAGGAGCUGCCACGAUCCAGGAAGGGGGUGUGGCUUUGCUCCAUCCAAAGGCUGGGAACCCCCCCCCCCAAAAAAGGAGUAAGGACUGGAAUGCUUGGGGGAGAUGAGUGGCUCAUCCUUCUUCCAAGCCCAUAUCUGAGGGAGUGGAGUUUGGUUCUGCUGCCCAAAGGCACAGUUGUGUUUUGUGGACCUCCAUUGUUCUGUUCUUUGCUCACCCCUCCAUUCUAUUAGCUGGGAAAAGAGGUGUUUCCACUCUUGGAAGUGGGUGUGUCUCCCUGAAAAGGGGAGGAGCUUGCGACUCAAAAUUAGGGUAAGUGAGAGAGACUUGGGGGAGUUUUGAGUUCUUGGAGCCCGACCCUUUCUCAGUGGGGGUGGAGGAUGGUUGGAGAAGGAGGGCAGACAGCUGCCCCCUCCCCUUUCAUGUACAGACGCUUCGUGUUGUGCGAUUUCGGGUUGCGCACCGAACCUGGAAGUACCGGAACAGGUUACUUCCGGGUUUCAGUGCUUGCGUAUGUGCCGAAGCGCUAAAUUGUGCUUUGCGCAUGCACCGAAAUACCAAAUCGCAACCCGCGCGUGCACAGACGUGGCGCGGCAGGUUGCGAACAUGCUUCCUGCACGGAUCACAUUCACAACCUGAGCAUCCACUGUACAUGUAAAUAUAUCUCUGUGUGUAUAUACACUAGCACGUACACCCCAAAAAUAAGAUGAGGAAAGAGAGCUUUGCUUGCAUGUAUUGUCUUGUUGCAGUCUAGGCAGCAGCUUUGUAAAGUAGACCCAGUAGUAUUGUUUUCAUAUUUCUCAUGGUUGCCUAAGGCAUGGCUGGCCUAACCCUGCCUCUUUUUGAGUUCAUGGCAGAAGACAGUGUUCAAACAAGGAGCUUCACAGCUUUUACUCAUACCAUUCCCACUAGGCCUGCGUGCACAUGUUGCGCAGAUAGGCCUUUGCUGAUAAUGUGCACCCACCUCCUGUCUACAUAGCUGAUUAUAUACUGGAUCACCAUUAAUUUGUAUCAGUAUAUAUCUGGCUAUAAGAACAGCUUUGUGUAUUUGAAAUGCAGUUAUUUACAUAGCAACUACUGUAUGUGUCAUAUAUGUAUAUAUUCAGCAAGAAUGGGCACGUGUGUCUGUAUACACACUUUAUAUUUUAUGUUUUUUGAAUAUCUUUAAAUUUUCAGAUCAACAAACACAGGCUGCAUGGGCAGCACGUUCCACACACACGCUGAAAUAUGCAUUAUAUUGAAUACACAUUAUAUAAACACACAAGCACAUACAGCUGGCUACAUGUGAAUACUUCUGUGUUCAUGUAAGCCUGUAUCUAAUUUUUCUAAAACGUUUUGUAGCAUGUAGCAAGGGGUACGUGAUGUUUAUAUAAAUGUAUAUUUGAUACAGUUUGCAUAUUGGAUGUAAGAUAAGGAGGCAGACUUACUCUUGUUGGCUAUCAAUGAACUGGUUCCUACAUGACUGUUCCACCGCUUGAUAUCUUAACUGUGAAGUAGUCAUUACAGUUCUAACACCAGAGGCCCAUUUUUCAUAUCUCCUCGAAGGCUGUGUGUGUCAGCACUUCCCAGACAUAGAGGUCUGAUUCAUUCUUGAUUUCUUGCCUCCUGAAUGACUACACUUGAUCACUGGUAGCUGAAAGGUGAACAGACUCCACUGCAAAGCCCUGUGUUUUGAGGAGAUGCGCGGAAUUCUUCUUGCAAUGUUUUAUCUGCAAUAGCCCAUCCACACAUGCAAGUUACUUGUGGAUAUUUCAGUUACCAAACAAUAGCCAUGUCUGUGUCACCUAGAGCGGUUCUCAAACUCUGGUCUGCGGCCCACAGAUUUCAUUCAUGUGGUCUGUGGCGUUUCUGCAAUAAAUCAUAUUGAUUUUAGCUGCAGUUUUAUUGCUUGUAUUGUAUUCUAUUGCAUUACAGUUUGCAUUUUGUAGAAUUCAACUCGUAAUACCAUAAAAACAAAAGAAACAAUUAGAAAUAUAAUUAAAAAUCAUGCAGCACAUUGUAAUUGCUACAGUAGGAAAGAAAAACAUUAAGUGAUUCGCCAAGACCCCCAGCAGUUUUCAAGUGGUCCAUGGCGAGUAAAGGUUUGGGAACAACUGCCGUAAAGGCAACCAGGACUCUGUUUGCACUCUUCAAAUAAUGUUCAUAUUUAUGUACAUUUAUGUGACCUCUCUAAAACACACACUGAUGUUCUGGAUGCAUCACUGCACAUAUACAUGGAUCCAUUGGUAAAUACAUUUUUUGUUCUGGCACAAGCACGAAAGGAGAGUCUCUCUGCCUUUCUUCUGUUCCUGGAGAAACAUGAGGACUCUCUGUGAUGCCAGGCCAACUUCAGAAGUUUCAAAGAGGGAAGUAAUCCAAGGACUGUCCCUGAUGUUGUGUUGAACAUGGAAGAUGCUUGGGAAAGCCGUGAGAAAGCUUCCUGCUGAAUAUAUGAAGCUUAGCUGCCUUGGGGGUUAGUUCCCAUUCCUAUCCUCGGCUGUGGAGGAAGGCAAGGGGCUCUCACACACACUUGGGCUCGCCCUUGAGCUCAUAUCAUUUCAGAAGACUCUUAUUCCCUUUAAAGGGAGCAUCUUGACAACAGCAGGUUACCAAGGGGAGCCCAGAUUUGUUGACACCUGCACAAAUAUUAGCCCUUUCAUUCUCAGGGACUUGUAUUUCAGCAAUACAAUUAAAGGGAAGACCAACCUGUACCCUUCCUUCUUACAUUUUGGGCUUUCCUUACUAGGAAGCGACCCAGGUUCACUUCCCUGCUCUGCCACAGACCUUGCUGGGUGCUUGUGUUUCGGUUGAGGGUGCUCAGCAUGACUGAUACGGAAGCAGGACAACACUCGAGCACAAUAGGAUGUUGAGUGAGAGGUCUGCACUAUGAAGCCAGUAACAGGAGAGAGGAAGUCUUCUGAAAGUAAAAUAAAUAUGUCAGUGCCUCAUGUUUUGCCAUCAUGUGUGUCCACCUUAAUGCCCCCAAAGUAUCUAUGCACAGCAAGAUGCGCGUGUUUCAGGUGCAUGUCCAUAGCUGUCAACCUUCCCUUUUUUUGUGGGAAAUUCCCUUAUUCCAGUGCUGCUUCCCGCUGCUAUCCCGGAUUGUUAGAUAUCGUCUAGACUGUCCCCGGGACAGGUGAGGCUGCUGAUCCCUUAUUUUCGAGGCUGCCGAUCCCUUAUUUUCAAAUCUGAAAGUUGACAGCUAUGUGCAUGUCCAGCUUGUGCCCCUGUCCAAUGCUGCUCUUUUGACUACUUGCAGUGGGAGCUCAAGGGACCUGUUCUUUUUGGGGGGAGAGGAGUUGCUGGCUAGUUCCAAACAUGCACCACCUUUGGAUAUGCACCUUAUCCAUAUCUGCAUUCAAUCACAGAAUUGGUGGGUGACUUUCAGACCAUCUAAUUCAGGCGUAGGACACCCUUGGUCCUCAGGAUGUUGCUAAGCUAUAACGCCUGUCAGCCCCAGCCGCCUUAACCAAUAGCCAGGGAUGACGGAACUGGCUGUUCAGCAACAUACUGAGGGUCAAAGGUUUCGCAGACGUGACCAAGUCCGGCCUCUUGCAUCCCCCAAAGGUGCAGCUUCCACUGGAAGACCUCCAUUAAGGCCAAUGGUCCUCUUGUCAAACUCUUUCCAUCAAGAAGCUCCUACUGUUCAACCGAACUCUGUUCUCCUGUAACUUCCACCCGUUUGAUCUAGUCCUGUGCUCUGAGGCAGCAUUCAACCUUUCGCCACGAGGCAUACCGUAUCAGGGGUACCGUAUUCUUGUCGCUGCUGCUUCGACUUUGACAUUCCUAGAUGUUGCCUGUCUCCUUCCUCAUUCCGUAACUCCCUUUGCCUCCCUAGUGCACGGUCCAGGUGAAGUUGGAGCUGGGGCACCGCGCCCAGCUACGGAAGAAGCCCACCACCGAGGGGUUCACCCAUGACUGGAUGGUGUUUGUGCGAGGCCCAGAACAAUUCGAGAUCCAGCACUUUGUGGAGAGGGUGGUCUUCCGGUUGCAUCAGAGCUUCCCUAAACCGAAACGUGGUGAGUUCAUGUGUGUGUGUGCCGUAUUUUUCGCUCUAUAAGACGCACCAGACCACAAGACGCACCUAGUUUUUGGAGGAGGAAAACAAGAAAACAAAUAUUCUGAAUCUCAGAAGCCAGAACAGCAAGAGGGAUCGCUGUGCAGUGAAGGCAGCAAUCCCUCUUGCUGUUCUGGCUUCUGGGAUAGCUGCGCAGCCUGCACUCGCUCCAUAGGACGCACACACAUUUCCCCUUACUUUUUAGGAGGGGAAAAGUGAGUCUAAUAGAGCAAAAAAAUACGGUAGCUUUCUCUGUAGGUGUGUUCUGCCAUACUUCAAAGCACACAAGCGCUCCCAUUGGGGACAGAGUACACUUGCAAGCCCUGCCCUCAUCCCCCCCAAUACCCCACUGCUAACACCAAGAUAUGCUCAGUCCCUGACAACCUCCAUGUUGAAUGGAAUCUGCCAGGGGCUUCUCCUUGUGUUUGCUUGAACACAACCAAAAUUCCUCUUGUUGUUGGGGAAUCCUCAACCACAGAACAGUGAAGGGUACCCUGCUCUUCAUCAGUAGAAACCCCCUGUAGACCUUCCCCAGUCAGCACAGGGGUUGUUGUCGGCUGUUCAUGGGAGUGCCUUGGGGUGCGUGGCUUGCUUGAGAAUUCCUGCACCACCCAUCCACAUAUGCAGGGUUGGAUCCAGCGCUGGUCGUACUCAGAGUAAGUCUAUUGAAAGGAUGUACAUGGCCUGUUUGGGUCCAUUCAUUUCAGUGACUGUGCUCCGAGUAGGAUUUAGCUAGAUUUAGCAGCCCACAGAAUUCACAGGUUUUGACAAACGCCUGAACUCUCGGCGAGCUAGAAGUACCUGCAGGCCAGAAGUGAAUGGCUCCCUUCUCACUGCAGUCCUGCUCCUUGAGUGAGAAGAAUUGUUGGCCUAACACAUGGGUAGGCAAACGAAGGCCCGGGGGCUGGAUCCAGCCCAAUCACCUUCUAAAUCCAGCCCACGGAUGGUCCGGGAAUCAGCGUAUUUUUACAUGGGUAGAAUGUGUGCUUUUAUUGAAAAUGCAUCUCUGGGUUAUUUGUGGGGCAUAGGAAUUCGUUCAUUUAUUUUUUCAAAAUAUAGUCCGGCCCCCCCACAAGGUCUGAGGGACAGUGGACCGGCCCCCUCCUGAAAAAGUUUGCUGACCCCUGGCCCAACACAAGGACGCUAUGCUUGAUCCGUUAUCAUCAUCUCCAUAUUGAACUGUGAGAGACCCCUGUCUGAAACCCUGGAGAGCCGCUGCCGGCCCGUGUAGACAGUACUGAACUAGGUGGGCCAGAGGUCCAACAAGAUACCAAGGUCCAAGGCAGCUUCCUAUGUUCCUGUAAUAGGUUAUUGUUUUCAAUAGUGUAUCACUCUGGAGUGUUUCACAAACAUGAUCUUGUGAUCCUUACAACAGACCUGUAAUUGCUGUCUGUAUUGCUAUCCCCAUUCUCUAGGUAGGUGUGGAGAUGCUCAGAUUGGCAAAGAAAGAGAAGCUUGCCUAAGGCUACAUAGCAUAGAAGCUAGCCAACCUGUAUGUUUCUUCUGCGAUCCAACAGCCCUGAAGUUUUAAUAACUUAAUUUCUGCUUUUCUUCUCAGUUUGCAAAGAACCUCCUUAUAAAGUGGAGGAGUCUGGCUAUGCUGGCUUCAUUAUGCCCAUUGAAGUCCACUUCAAAAACAAGGUAUCAUUUCAAUCUCUCCUCCUUGCCGCCCCCGGGCUCCCUUCUUGCGUUCCCUUAAAACACACGGCAAACUCAGCGGGCUGGCCAGCCCCUACAGCAAUGUAGCUGAACCGCAUUGGCCCAACCCAAGUUUUUAUCCAGGUCCAGUUAUCAUUUAACCUGCUCGUUUUGAAGCAAUGAGACGGUUUGUGCAUUUCAUGCACAUUUUCAUGCGUUGAUCUAUCAUGGGAUCUCCAGAUAAGCAAAGGACCUUGAUGAUCUGCCUCUUUUCUCCUUGUCUUUCACAUCUCUGCAUCUCUUUGUGGGGAGGUCUCCAGUGUGCUGCUCACGGGCAUGACAGCAACUUCAGACACCUCCCAAGACACCCUUCCAAAUUCUUUUUUUUUUAAAUUAAAUUAGUUUUUGUUGAUGGGAGUGUUCGGUUUUUUCUGUUUGUUUCAUUUCUUAAACAAAUGUAUCAAUCACUUUGCAGCAUAGAGCCACUGAAGCGAUGUGCCGUGUAACUUAAGUGUUGGUAUUUUGACUUUGUUGGGGCUGUUUUUCUUCUGCUAAAUAGAUAUUCUGCUGUGCCCACAACAGAUUAUUAGAAUUCCAAAUGUGUCCCGGGCCCAAAAAAGUUGGGAUCCCUGCCUUGGUAUUCAGAUUUUAAAACAGGCAUCCCCAAACUCAGCCCUCCAGAUGUUUUGGGGCUACAACUCCCAUCAUCCCUAGCUAACAGGACCAGUGGUCAGGGAUGAUGGGAAUUGUAGUCCCAAAACAUCUGGAGGGCUGAGUUUGGGGGUGCCUGUUUUAAAAGCAGGUAGAACAGUAUAUAGAUUGUGUUGGCCCCAAAGCAGCACCCUAGAAUAUGUAACCUUCCUCUGACUUUGGUUGGUACCUGAUCUUUGCACCGUUAUCCAUGAUGAGAUAAAAGUCCAGGACCGAUUGCUGUGAGGGCUGCCCCUAAUGCCCAUCUGGAAAAUAUUUCGGCUCAGAGUACUGCAGUCAGGCUGCUAACUGGAACCUGCUGAAUGGAGCUGUGUUCUUGCCAGUCCUCCAGGAUCCUCCCUGCCCACCUCUGUGCCUGGAAGGUGCACUUCAGAGUGCACAUUUUGACCUACGCAGCCAAAAGCUUUUGGGCCCGGGAUAGGUUGUUCCCAUACAAGCCUGUUUGAAGUUUCAGCUGGGUUGCCCUCUAUGUCUGCUGUGUUUUGUUCUGCGUUUGUUGCCUAUCUUCCUAGUGUGUUUCAGUAUUGUUCUAAGCCAUGGCAGGGACCGGGGCAAAAAGAGAGCCAUGUCUGAAUGUCGGUACAGUGGUGCCCCGCAAGAUGAAUGCCUCGCAAGACGGAAAACCCGCUAGACGAAAGGGUUUUCCGUUUUGGAGGUGCUUCGCAAAACGAAUUUCCUAUGGGCUUGCUUCGCAAGACGAAAAUGUUCCUGCGGGGUUUUUUUCCUUUUCCCCCCCUUUUUCCCAAGCCGCUAAGCCGCUUAUCAGCUGAUCCGUUAAGCCGCUAAGCCGCUUAUCAGCUGAUCCGCUAAGCCGCUAAUAGCGCUAAACCGCUAAUGGGCUUGCUUCGCAAGACGAAAAAACCGCAAGACGAAGAGACUCGCGGAAUGGAUUCUUUUCGUCUUGCGAGGCACCACUGUAUAGCAAUAAGUAACCAAACAAACCCCUGUGUUGCAAAGAGAACGUCAGCAAUGUCUAGGCAACACGAUGGCCAUGUACAUACGCAAUAGACAAUCUUUAUAGAAUUCCUUUAAACCAUAACAAGUACAAAAUAAUCUUUAGUCUCAAAGUCUCUGAAAAUCUUUACAUGAAGUGAGGCACCAGACUUUGCACGAUGAAAGACAAGCUGUGAAGCUUUGUGUGUUCAGCAAAUAUGAUGUCCAACAGUAAGCAGUGACUACAUUAUUACACGAGCACUGUUCCACAGCAUUUGAUAUUUUCAUUUACGUACAUUCAUUCCAAAUAAGAUGGGUUUAUGAAGCAAUUCUAUAUCUUCCCACCACGGUGACAAAGAAUUCUACGAAACAGUAGUCAGUAUCCAGAAUCACUGUUCAGUGUUGGACAUCAUAUUUGCUGAAUACACAAAGCUUCACAGCUUGUCUUUCAUCGUACAAAGUUUGGUAAAAGGUAAAGGGACCCCUGACCAUUAGGUCCAGUCGUGGCCGACUCUGGGGUUGCGGCGCUCAUCUCGCUUUAUUGGCCGAGGGAGCCGGCGCUUGUCCGCAGACAGCUUCCGGGUCAUGUGGCCAGCAUGACUAAGCCGCUUCUGGCGAACCAGAGCAGCACAUGGAAACACCGUUUACCUUCCCGCUGGAGCGGUACCUAUUUAUCUACUUGCACUUUGUGCUUUUGAACUGCUAGGUUGGCAGGAGCUGGGACCGAACAAUGGGAGCUCACCCCGUCGCAGGGAUUUGAACUGCCGACCUUCUGAUCGGCAAGGCCUAGGCUCUGUGGUUUAACCCACAGCGCCACCUGCGUCCCACAAAGUUUGGUACCUCACUUCAUUUAAAGAUUUUCAGAGACUUUGAGACUAAAGAUUAUUUUGUACUUGUUAUGGUUUGAAGGAAUUCUAUAAAGAUGUGGUCUGUUGCGUAUGUACAUGGUCAUCGUGUUGCCUAGACAUUGCUGAAUGUCUGUGUAGGCAACCCUGAGCUAGAAGUGCCAAAAGCCUGACUCAAUAUAAGGCAUCUCCCUGCAUUCGUAUAUAUAGUUGUUAAAACCCCUUCAUGAGGCUUUUCCUCCUUUGCUUUCAGGAGGAACCGAAGAAAGUUUGCUUCACCUACGAUCUUUUCUUGAACCUGGAGGGGAAUCCGCCCGUCAACCACCUGCGCUGUGAGAAGCUGACCUUCAACAACCCCACGAAGGAAUUCCGCCGAAAACUAAUCAGGGCUGGUGGGGUGAGUAGCCAAGACAGAUGCACCCUGGUCUUUGCAUGCUCAGUGUCAUGACUGUUUGCUGUUCUUUGGAUCGAUCUAGCCAAAAGCUCAUAGCGGAAUGGGUUUUGUGAAGUGCUGUUACGCUUUUUUGUUUCUAGGCUGGGAAACAGGGUGAGGGUGAUAGAGGUUUGUUGUGUGGUGCAGAGAAAAUGACUGAAUAAUAUGAUAAAAUGACUGGAAAAUAUGAAGAACAGAGGUUCUGACGAACGGAUUAUUAAAAACGUGUGAGGUAAACGGUGGAAGUCUUUUUUUUAAAAAAAAACCUAUUUAAGGUAGGUAAGGACAAGAUGAAAUUAUACAAUUGAAUAUAAAUAUAGAUGGGAAACGGCUAUGUAUUGUGAGUACUUACCUACUUUAAAAAUUUUUCACUUACGAUCUUUUUCUUUUACUUCUUUAUUCUUUCUUUGUUCUUUUUUUUCUUUUUUCUGAUAUCUUUCAUUUCACUGCUUUAUUGUGAAUAGCAUUCUAUAGAGGUAUAAAUAACUGUAAAUAUGAUAAGAGACAAAAUAUUCUCUAAUUCUUUUUCCUUGGUUAGAUGUAUUUUCUUUUUAUUUUGUAUUUUCUUUUGUUCUGAAUAUGUAUGUUUUCUAAUUUGUACUCAAUAAAAAUAUUAUUUUUUUAAAAAAGAAAAUGACCGGAUAGGGGAUUUCUGGAAUUUGCUGGCACAAAGGUGUGGAACAGCAUUAAUAUCCAAGUUGUCUCUCCUUAGGUGGUGGUCAUGCCAGAAGGUGCCGAAACAGUGUCCAGGCCAAGUCCUGACUACCCCAUGUUACCCACAAUACCGCUCUCUGCCUUCUCUGAUCCGAAAAAGACCAAACCACCCCAUGGGUCAAAGGUGAGUCGCUUGGGAAGAGUGUGGGAAUGUCCUUCCAAAAUGAUGAAGUCUAGAAUCUUUCGUCGUUCCCAUUCUGCAGAGACGCUAAAGCCCUCCAAAGAGGCAUAGAAUUAUGUGCACGCUAUAUAUACUGUAUUUUUUGCUCUAUAAAACUCACUUUUCCCCUCCUAAAAAGUAAGGGGAAAUGUGUGUGCGUCUUAUGGAGCGAAUGCAGGCUGCGCAGCUAUCCCAGAAGCCAGAAGAGCAAGAGGGAUUGCUGCUUUCGCUGCACAGCGAUCCCUCUUGCUGUUCUGGCUUCUGAGAUUCAGAAUUUUUUUUCCCCUUGUUUUCCUCCUCCAAAAACUAAAAAUACGGUAUUCCCUUUGGCUUCAGUAUUGUAUUAUGGUUGAGUUGAACUAAUGGCUGGAAAUCACAGAGAAUUGGGUCUCAGGUAAACUAAGCAAACCUCCACUAGUCAAGGCCAUUCAAGAGUGGGCCAGGCUGCUUUAGGAGGUGGUGGGCUCUCCCAUCACUGGAGGCGUUGAAGUAAAGACUGGGCAGUCAUCUGUCAGGGAUGCAGUAGUAGCUGGUUGGACUUACAACUUCUAAUUAUUUGAUACGUUGCAUCUGUAGCAGAGAACAGAAGUAGGGGAAAGAUACCCUAGGCCAGAGGAGAGCCUAGGUGAUCCUGCACUUGCGAUCGUUAUUGCAGAAUCCUCAAUCUUCGCAUUGGUAUAAAUUGGAAAGAAUAUGAAGAGUCUGCUUUAAUAGCACUGAUUGCAAAUACACAAGGGGCGGGUAACUGACCUGUAUUAAUUAUUCUUGAAUAACUGUUUGAGGCUGUCCUGAAGCAAGCAGAGCACAAGUCAGGGAUUGGAAAACUGUGCCUUGCCUGUGAGACUUAAGCUUGCUUCAUUAACGUCCUAUACAAUCAAGGCUACAGCACCUCUGACGCACAUUUCUUGGUCUGUGGUCCAGUGAAGCCGCAGAGAUGAUUUCUGAGAAUGUGUAGUGAAAAGGGGGAUCCCGCUGGAACUUGUGAGUUGCCCAACUAGGAAAAUGUGGGGUGCAAGUACUGUUUUGGACCAGUGUAAAUCUAUGGAGGAAGGAGGGGCCUUCCUGGAUGAAUGGGGGUUGCAGCCCCUUUUAUUUCUUUGUUCCAUUGUUUUAUUUUCUGCUAGUUUCUGUCUGUUUACCAUUUUGCUUUCUUCUGAAUUUGAAAGAACACGGCCAUAGUGAGAUACGACUUACCGUAUUUUCCGCUGUAUAAGACGCACUUUUCCCCUCUUAAAAAGUAAGAGGAAAUGUGUGUGCGUCUUAUGGAGCGAAUUGCAGGCUGCGCAGCUAUCACUGAAGCCAGAACAGCAAGAGGGAGAGCUGCGCAGCGAAAGCAGCGAUCCCUCUUGCUGUUCUGACUUCUGGGACAGCCGCUCGAAGCCUCUUCAGGGCAACAGGAGGAACGCUUCGCUUCACUGGAGAGGCGCUGCGCAGAGAGGGAAAGCUGCACAGCGCCCCUUCAGCGAAGCGGGAGGAGAAAUGGAGCCCCUUCCGUUUCUCCUUCCGCUUUGCUGGAGAAGCGCUGCACAGAUUCAGAAUAUUUUUUUUCUUGUUUUCCUCUAAAACUAGGUGCGUCUUAUGGUCAGGUGCGUCUUAUAGAGCGAAAAAUACGGUAACUGAUUAUCUGAAUGCUUCCUGCAUGGUGGCUUUCCCUUUGGAGGAAGAUUCCAUUUUCUCUGCAGAACCCAAUCCUUUCUUACAGGACGGGAUAAUUAAAGUUUGCUGGUCUUUUCAUUUCUCCACCGGUGCUUAGGAGGCCAACAAAGAUGGCAGCAAAGCUUCCAAGCCACACAAGGUCACCCGAGAGCAUCGCGAGAGGCCCAGGAAAGACUCGGAGAGCAAAAACUCCUCCAGAGACCUUGAAAGGGAGCCGGGUAAACCUGUGAAGGACUCCUCCAGGAAACCCACUGAGAACAAGGUGCCCAAAGAGGAGAAGACCCUCCCGAAAGCUGCUUUCAAGGAGCCCAAGCUGGCUCUCAAGGAGCCCAAGCUGGAGAACACGUCGCCAAAGGGUGGUCCUCCACCGCCAGACAUGAAGCCUUCCAGCAAAAGGCCCUCUACGGUGGAGUCUCCAAAACCCAGCGCUAAGAAGCCGAAGAAGAGCAGCUCCAAAGGAGCCAAGACCGUCCCAGCAACGUCCCCUCGGACUUCGUCUUACGCCGAGAAGAAGCCAGCCAAGGAGAAGCCAAGCGCCAAAGUGGAGAAGAUGAAAACGGAGACGGAAACGAAGGCGAUCAAAAAACCCAUGGAGGUGGCAGUGGCAGAGGACUCCAAUUCCGAGGAUGAAGCUUCCCUGAAGUCAGAGGUGAGGGGACUGUUCUCUUCCCUGCAAGGCCAGGCAGGUCUGCACUGUAUGGUGUCUACUGAGUGUAGUCUGCUCUAGUCUGCUGACAUUUCUUCUUAGGAUUCGUAAAGGCUUUUCAGAAUGCAGGGAAACCCUAGAGGUGAGGUACAACGGUGGUUUCCCUCACUACCAUCCUAAAAUACUUAAGAAAUGGCCAGUUUCCCCCCUCUAAGAUUCCAGCCUGAGAGGGCUCCUGGGGAGCUGAAUGGUUUUUCAAAUCUUUUUCUUUAACCGUAUUUAAAAACAAAAAUGGUUAAGCCACUCUUUUCUCCAGUGUGCUCAGGACAUGCAUAAAUAAAUAAUGUUUUUAUUAUUCCUGUGCAGACCAUCUGACUGCUUGCCCCAGCCGCUCAACAAAUAUUAAAAAUGCAAUGAAACUUAGGACAUUAAAAACUUAAUUGCAGCCACUGCAUUGGCUGUCCCAGGCAGCCCAAGCACUGACUAGACCAGAGGUCGGCAAGGUUUACCUCGCCUGGGCCGGUUCACUCCAGCGGAGAGCCCUCGGUGGACCACGAUUUCUGGCAUCCUAGUCUGUGCAGACGCGAUUUCCAGCACCGCAGAAGCGAGCCCCCGUGGCGCACUGCGCCGGUUUAGCGCAGCGGGCGGGGACUUGCCGAGCGGGCAGCUCAGUUGGGGGGUGGCUCGUGGGCUGGUUAAACGACCCCCGUGGGCCACUUUUGGCCCAUGGGCCUUAGAUUACUGACCCUUGGGCUAGACCCUGGUCACUUUAGCUUGUAACCUGCCCUGGGACCUCAGGGUGAAGGCUGGGUAAUAAAUUGUGAUUGUUAGUAGUGGUCCAUAGUGCCACCCCAUACUCUCCAUCAUUCUUACAACAUGUUCCAGAACUGGGUCAUGGAAGAAGGUCUGGCGUUCCACCCUAGGAAACCUUGGCUCCAGUCAAACCACCCGCACACCACCCUCGGGCUCAAGGUGGAUUUGAUAUAAAUUACAAUGGUACCUCUGGUUACGUACUUAAUUCGUUCUGGAGGUCCGUUCUUAACCUGAAACUGUUCUUAACCUGAAGCAUCACUUUAGCUAAUGGGGCCUCCCACUGCUGCCAUGCCGCUGCCACGCAAUUUCUGUUCUCAUCCUGAAGCAAAGUUCUUAACCCGAGGUACUAUUUCUGGGUUGGCGGAGUCUGUAACCUGAAGCAUCUGUAACCCGAGGUACCACUGUAAUCAAUUUAAAUCACUAGUCAGUAAGACUUGAUUUACAUCUUCUUUUUACAAAAAGACUCCUUCUUGCUGGUAUAAUCUUACUAUUUAAAGGUAAAGGUAAAGGGACCCCUGACCAUCAGGUCCAGUCGUGGCCGACUCUGGGGUUGCGGCGCUCAUCUCGCUUUACUGGCCGAGGGAGCCGGCGUACAGCUUCCGGAUCAUGUGGCCAGCAUGACUAAGCCGCUUCUGGCAAACCAGAGCAGCGCACAGAAACGCCGUUUACCUUCCCACCGCAGCGGUACCUAUUUAUCUACUUGCACUUUGACGUGCUUUCGAACUGCUAGGUUGGCAGGAGCAGGGACCAAGCAACAGGAGCUCACCCCGUCGCGGGGAUUCGAACGACCGACCUUUUGAUCGGCAAGUCCUAGGCUCUGUGGUUUAACCAACAACGCCACCCGCGUCCCUUAAUCUUACUAUUUACAACCAGACAAAGGUUUCAUUUUUGGAAUAAUAAAAUUUCAGAGUAGCUUUUACAGUUAUAUUAAAAAAAUACUGAUUUGGUUAUAAUAUUAGAAAUACUAUAUUAUUAUUGUGAGGUUUUAUAAGUUAACUGUUUAUAUUUGGACAGCUUUCCUGCUGUACUUUAUUGGAAGGAGAAAAACAAUCAUUUCCUUAGUAACAAUUUAAACUAUCUAUUUAACUAAAAACUGUAACAUUGUAGCAUUUGUAUCCCUGUUUGUUAACUGAUGUGGUUAAACCAUUUUUUUUAAAAAAAAGACUGGGUUUUAGCACACAUGAAAAACUUGAAACAAAUCCUUAUUUCCUGAUGAAUAGCCUUUGGACUAUAAUGUAACUUAAAUUGAACACUAUCUUUAGAAAGAUAUUUUUUUCCUCCAAAAGCAUUUUAUUUUAAAAAUCCACUUUAAAUAAAAAAAAAAUCCGAUUUAAAUUUUUAAAAAUACUUUUUUAUUAUUUUUCAUUGAAUUUUCUCCACCCUACUCUGGCUCUUACACCUUAAGUCACCCUUGAACAAAAAAGGAAAGGAAGAUAGGAAUGCUUCCAAAGUAAGGAAAUGGCAAGAUGAAUAAAGAAAAAAGAGUACGAGGAGGACAACCUGACAGGGUUGGGGAGAAAAAACUUAUUAGCAAUGAAAGUUAGGAUGCAUCAAAUGCCAUGUACUGAGAGCAGGGGUCAGCAAACUUUUUCAGCAGUGGGCCGGUCCACUGUCCCUCAGACCUUGGGGAGGGGCUGCACUAUAUUUUUGGAGGGGGGGAUGAAUGAAUUCCUAUGCCCCACAAAUAACCCAGAGAUGCAUUUUAAAUAAAAGCACACAUUCUACUCCUGUAAAAACAUGCUGAUUCCUGGUCUAUCCACGGGCUGGGUUUAGAAGGCGAUUGGGCCAGAUCCGGCCCCCGGACCUUACUUUGCCUACCCAUGACUGAGAGUAUCACAGCUCAAAGAGACUCGGAAGUCUUGCCACACAGAGAUGCUAGGUAUCAGGUGUACCCAAGCCUUUGGCUAAUAAAGCAAUCCGUGGCCUUUUAAAGUGGGGUUGGGUGGGUAUUGUUUCUGUUUGCUACUGUGCUUUGUAUUUUUGUGUUUUUAUACUGUAAAUUGCCCUGUGAUCUUCAGAUGAAGGGCAGUAUAGAAGGUAAAGGGACCCCUGACCAUUAGGUCCAGUUGUGGCCGACUCUGGGGCUGCGGCACUCAUCUCACUUUACAGGCCAAGGGAGCCAGCGUACAGCCUCCGGGUCAUGUGGCCAGCAUGACUAAGCCGCUUCUGGCGAACCAGAGCAGCACACAGAAACACCGUUUACCUUCCUGCCAGAGUGGUGCCUAUUUAUCUACUUGCACUUUGACGUGCUUUCGAGCUGCUAGGUGGGCAGGAGCAGGGACCGAGCAACGGGAGCUCACCCCGUCGCGGGGAUUCGAACCACCGACCUUCUGAUCAGCAGGGUUAAACCACAGAGCCUAUUACAGCUGUGUCCCACCCCCCCAACAACAUGAGGAUCCAACUUAUCCCUGUCUUUCUUAAGUCCUGAGAAGAAGGUUGACCAGACUUCCAAGUCUGUGAUGUAAUCCUCUUGGUUACUAAAGGACAAAACUGAAGAACCUUCCAUGGGAAAUAAAAGAAAUGAGGCUGGGCUGGGCUGUCAUCUCUCUCUGUCAAAGGGUUGAAAUUAAUUCUCUCUCUUCCUUCUUCCUUUCUCUGUGCCGACUGAAGUCUGCCCCAUCCAGCCCUUCCAACUCCAGCUCCAGCUCCGACUCCAGCUCCGACUCUGAUUUCGAGCCAUCUCAGAACCACAGCCAAGGUGCGUUGCUGUUUGGAAAUCUCACGUGAGUCUUGGUGUCAAUUAAGCCUACGAUGCCUCCCCCCCCAAGUGUGAGGUUUUUGUUUGUCAUACUGGCCCAAUACAGUGGUGCCUCGCAAGACGAAAAGAAUCCGUUCCGCGAGUCUCUUCGUCUUGCGGGUUUUUUCGGCUUGCGAAGCAAGCCCAUUAGCGGUUUAGCGGAUUAGUGCUACAGUAUUAGCGGCUUAGCCGGCUUAAAGAUCAGCUGAUAAGCGGCUUAACGAUCAGCUGAUAAGCAGCUUAACGAUCAGCUGAUAAGCGGCUUAGCAUCAGCUGUUAAGCGGCUUAAAGAUCAGCUGAUAAGCGGCUUAGCCAUCAGCUGAUAAGCGGUUUAGCGGCUUGGGAAAAAGGGAACUCGCAAGACAUUUUCGUCUUGUGAAGCAAGCACAUAGGAAAUUCGUUUUGCGAAGCACCUCCAAAACGGAAAACCCUUUCGUCUAGCGGGUUUUCCGUCUUGCGAGGCAUUCGUCUUGCGGGGCACCACUGUAAUAGCCACCGGUUCAUAAAACCCGGCACUCAACACUGUGCUUCCUGAAUGCUGGAAGCACUUAGCUAAAGGCACAGUAAAACUUGACAAGGGCUAAUGUAAGUCAAGUGACUGAGCUGGAAAAUUGGAAGCGUCCAGUUUAGGCCCCCUUAGGUGGUCCAGUGGACCAUAAAGAAGGCUGAUCGCCGAAGAAUGGAUGCUUUUGAAUUCUGGUGCUGGAGGAGACUCUUGAGAGUCCCAUGGACUGCAAGAAGAACAAAAUGGCGAACGUUCCUAAACUACAGCAUAUAGGAAAACGCUGGUUUCAGUCUCCAAUCUGGUCUCAAACAAAAGAGGCUGGUUACAGCCAUGCGGCUGGAAGGAGCAGCUCAGAUUUCAUCACACACCAAAUUCACGUGUAGGCUUGGGUUGCCCACUUCCUUCCAGAAUGAGGGGAAGCAACACAGGCUAAGCUUGGCAAGGCAGUUUUCUCUAUGGCAUUAACCCCUUCACGCAUUGUUGUUGUUUAGUCAUUUAGUCGUGUCCGCCUCUUCCUGACCCCCUGGACCAGAGCACGCCAGGCACUCCUGUCUUCCACUGCCUCCCGCAGUUUGGUCAAACUCAUGCUGGUAGCUUCGAGUACACUGUCCCACCAUCUCGUCUUCUGUGUCCCCUUCUCCUUGUGCCCUCCAUCUUUCCCAACAUCAGGGUCUUUUCCAGGGAGUCUUCUCUUCUCAUGGGGUGGCCAAAGUCUUGGAGUCCCAGCUUCAGGAUCUGUCCUUCCAGUGAUGCUGGUUAUAUGCGGCUGGUUACCCUAUACUUCCUAGACAGCAUCUUAAAAAGCAGAGACAUCACCUUGCCAACAAAGGUCCGUAUAGUGAAAGCUAUGGUUUUCCCAGUAGUGAUGUAUGGAAGGGAGAGCUGGACCAUAAAGAAGGCUGGUCGCCGAAGAAUGGAUGCUUUUGAAUUCUGGUGCUGGAGGAGACUCUUGAGAGUCCCAUGGACUGCAAGAAGAUCAAACCUCUCCCUUCUGAAGGAAAUCAGCCCUGAGUGCUCACUGGAAGGACAGAUCCUGAAGCUGAGGCUCCAAGACUUUGGCCACCUCAUGAGAAGAGAAGACUCCCUGGAAAAGACCCUGAUGUUGGGAAAGAUGGAGGGCACAAGGAGAAGGGGACCACAGAGGAUGAGAUGGUGGGACAGUGUUCUCGAAGCUACCAGCAUGAGUUUGACCAAACUGCGGGAGGCAGUGGAAGACAGGAGGGCCUGGCAUGCUCUGGUCCAGGGGGUCGCGAGGAGUUGGACACGACCAAACAACAACAGGUGGUCCAGGGCAAGUCAUUCUCUCUCAGCCUCAAUUGGUGCUGAACUAAAUCCACCUACAUCAGCCAUCUUUUAGCACAACCCUGUGAGGUAGUUCAGCACCAACUGAGGCUGAGAGAGAGUCACUUGCCCUUGGCCACCUAAGGGGGACUAAACUGAGUGCUUCCAGUUUUCCAGGUCAGUCUCUUGACUUACAUCAGCCCUUGUCAAGGUUUUCCUGUGCCUUCAGUGAAGUAGCUUCCUUUUUUAAAAUACCGCCGCUGUAGAAAGUCGUGCCACUUGGCUAGACAUAAACGCGGCAGCCUCACCAGUUCCCUGAAAACCCCAGACAGCUGCUGUCUGCCAGCAGAGACCAGCCUCCUCCAACCCUUUAGGCUCCUGGUGUUUCAGUCAGCAUGGCCGGUCAUCGAAGAGUUUCAAAAAUAACUGCUCGCCUGAGGGAAUCUUUAGAAAAGUUGCUGCUUUUUCCACCUCCCUUCGCAAAAAAGGCCAUGUUAGGCUGGCAAAAGACUGCCAGGGCAGGAGGAACUGAUUUGCAAAGUUAGCCAUGGUGUGCUUGACUCGCUUCACCUAUAUCCUUUCCACCUGGCACAAUUUCACCACAAUUAGGUGCAGUAAUACAGCGGGGGGGGGGAGAGAAUAUUCUGCUUUGGCCAGAUGUUGCAGGUGUCGAGGUCCUCAAAUUGUUCAUCUCUGGUUACUUGGGAAGCAGAUAGUUGCGUGUUCACCCCACCCCUGGUGGGAGCCAUAACAUGGCUGCUCUUCUGGGUGGGGGGGUUAUCAACAAACGGAAGCAAAUGUGGGUCUACAUCAGAAGCAGCAGUGGUGAUAAGUGAUAAACUUCUAGCCUUUGAGGCUGUAAAGGUGAUAGUCCUGACUGAUAAAAACAAAUCGUUAGUAUUAAUUCUGCCAUUUUUUGGUACUAAACGAUAAUACUUAAGUAUUUGUCAGGUGCUUCUCUAAAGUGUUUUACAUUAUCUUGCUGUAAUCCCUACAACAAACUUGCAAGGUAGGUCAGUGUGAUCCCCGGAUGGUUUGACGGGUGGGGUUUGAGUCUGAGAGAAAAGGUCUUGCCUAAGUCUACCUUUGCCACAAGUCUGUGGCAGAUGCAAGAUUUGAAAUGAGGACUUCCUGAAUCACAGCGCCAUCUCUCCACUGCUAUGUCAAAUCACCUCUCUGACAUAUGUGCUUGCCUCUUGCCUCUUCUUCUCUCUCCCACCCCCCUUAAAAAUGAAUUCAGGACACAAGCUGACGGAUGGGUUAACUGACGUGCAGGUGGGGGCACCCAAGGGAGACGGCAGAGCCAUGUGAUCACCAGUCUUGGAGCAGACAGCUUCAAAUAGUCAAAUGUUUGCAACCUUCUCUCUUCCUGGAAUCCUGAAGACAGUCUUCCAAGCUUCUACUGCUUGGGUGGGAGACCUUUGGCUCUCCAUAUGACUCUAAACUGGGACGUGGGUGGCGCUGUGGGUUAAACCACAGACCCUAGGACUUGCCGAUCAGAAGGUCGGCGGUUCGAAUCCCCGCGACGGGGUGAGCUCCCGUUGCUCGGUCCCUGCUCCUGCCCACCUAGCAGUUCGAAAGCACGUCAAAGUGCAAGUAGAUAAAUAGGUACCGCUCCAGCGGGAAGGUAAACGGCGUUUCCGUGUGCUGCUCUGGUUCGCCAGAAGUGGCUUAGUCCUGCUGGCCAUAUGACCUGUACGUCGGCUCCCUCGGCCAAUAAAGCGAGAUGAGCGCCGCAACCCCAGAGUCGGCCACGACUGGACCUAAUGGUCAGGGGUCCUUUACCUUUAUGUCUCUAAACUACAGCUCCCACCAGUCAUCUCUGGCCAUUGGCCAUUCUUGCUAGGACUUGUGGGGGUUGUAGUUGAGUGUCUGGAGAGCUAAAGAUUCCCCACUCUUGCUGUACUCGGUUCCUUGUAUCACACUUAACUACCACCACCAUUGCAGGUGCAACAAACAGAGCAACUGUCCACACGUAAAAGUGCCUCCACAGAUGUAAACAAGGUUUAUUUAUUACAGGCUUCCCAAUGGUGUUUAAAACUCUGUGGACAAGUAUUUUGGAGGCAGGGAACUUGUUGUUACAGUGGAACCUCGGUUUUCGAGCGUCUCGGAAGCCAAACUUUUCAGUUUCCAAACCCCGAAAACCCGGAAGUAAUUGCUUCCAUUUUCGAACGCGCCUUGGAAGUCAAAUGGCUUCCGAAGCGCGUUUCUCAAUUUUCUCCAUUGAAAUUGCCUACCGUCCAUUGCGCCUCAAUCGUUGAAUGUUUCAGAAGCUGAAUCAUCUUCCGGAACGGAUUACGUUCAACAACCGAGGUUCCACAGUAGAAGGUUUCUAAACCCGUUUCUUUUUGUUCUGAAAUGUCUGAUGGUAACACAGUGAUUUUGCUGUCAAACCGGAGAGAUGGGAGGGGGACUUGGGAGAGUCGCAAAAUGUCUGCUUGCCUGUGGGGCAGACCCAAACCACCAGUGGCCCUCUAUGCUGUAUGAAUGCCCCUUUUCCUCCGAAUUGUGUCCCGUGGCUCAACAGCCACCCUGUUUACUGUUCUAGACAGGAAGAACAACGAGCUAAACAGGCCUUGUGGUGGGCCACUCUCCCUGUUGCAAUCAGGCUGUGUUUGGCUUGGGGAGCCCUCAAACUGUGCCACCCUGUGUACAGGCUGGCCCAGUGGGAACUGAAAAGAGCCCAAAUGGACAGUGCCUGGUAAGCAGCCCGCUUAGUGUUGAACCUUAGUUUCCCUGUCCUGUGCCCAUUUUUAAACUGGCUUUCCUGGCUUCUGAACCCCAGGGCCUCUACGCUCCAUGGUCGAGGACUUGCAGUCAGAAGAGUCUGACGAUGAUGACAGUUCUUCUGGGGAAGAGCCGGCGGUCAAGGCAGCUCCCAUCAGCAGGGAUGCGAGGUGAGAGCAGCCGAGGUUUAUUUAUGUGCUGUUUUUGCCUGUGUUUAAGGCAAUCAUGGUCUCCCAAAGCAGCUCACAGUCCAGCUUACAGAAACACAGAAUGAAAGGCGGGGGAAAUGGAAACUGAUGGAAAUGGAAACAGGAAGAGAUGCCCACGAAAGAAGAAUGGAGGAUGAAACGGAUGGAAUACGCAGAAAUGGACAGAUUGACGGGGAGAAUUAGGAACCAACGUGACCAGAGAUUCUCCGAGGACUGGAAGAAAUUUACAGAGUAUAUCAGAGUGUAUCAAAAAUUUCUGUGAUGAGCAAAUAACGUUCGUUGGCUUUCAAGAAGCUCUGUGAAAUUACUGUUAGAAAUAUUGUUUAAAAAAUAUGAUGUGAUUAAGAGUAUUUGAGUGCAAUAUAAUAUUGGGAAAUGUGAGACGAGGAUAAAAAAUAAACGGAAAAUUAUCAGACAAGCUGAGGGAAGUUCUGAAAAAAGGGGUUUAAGUUAAAAAUGGAUGUAUAAUUUUGUAAAAAUGUGUUUUAUGGAAAAUCUAAUAAAAAAUAUUUAUUUAAAAAAAAGAAUGAAAGGCGGGGGGACAGGUAGAGAAGGGAGUUUAAUCAAGGCCAGAACUGUUGGGGCCACCUGACCUUCCAGUGAUUUUGUUUGAACAGCAGUUAGCUCUUGUACAUUUGGCUGAUGAAUGGGGUCAGGGUGGCCUUUUCCCCUCCCUCCUGCAGCCCCAGAGUAGCUGUCUGUUGGCACACACUACUCUCUCUGGCAAGGAGGGAGUCAGGGGAGUCUCUUCCCUGCAGCCUUCUUCUUUUCUGGCUGGUGGUUGGGGCUAGGGUGGUCUUCCAGGCAAGAGGGGGAGCAGCCCCUGGCAGUUUGGUUCGCUUAGCCAGUGGCAGAAACCAGAGUUCACUGCCCUUCUUUUCUGCCUUUCCAGCACAACAGUCGGAUGCAAUUGGCUGUCUUUUGUGUAGCUGUUGCCUAAAGCAAACAAAAGACAUGGGGGUCAAGCUUUCGUGACUUAUUUGACCUGAACAGAUUGUUCAGGGUUUUCAUAAGAGCGGGUCGUGGGGCAUGUUGAGUUUUAGCCAGUUCUAGUUCUACUCAGAAAUGAACGAAUAUGAUGAAAUUGGGCCCAUUAAUAUCUGGGAGUGCUCUGAGUAGAACCAGCAGUGGAUGCAACCCUUUGCUGCCUGUGGAGGGGAUGGAAGAGAAGCAGCAGAGGAGGCAGCCUUUUGCCGUCACCCCAUCAAGCUCAGGAUUGUGUGCACCCGGCAUUAGCCAACGUGGUGCCCUCCAGACGACGUCAGCCCCUUCCAGCUCCCAUCAGCCACAGCCAGCAUGGCCCAGUGGUCAGAGGUGAUGGCAACUUUUGUCCAGUAGCUUCCAAGAGGCUGCCGCAAUGACUAACCUCAGCUCUGCACUGACUGGUUGCUGCAUUCUGGGCAUUCAUCCUCAAGCUGCUUGCUUACAAAGCAUUGGCUGCAGCCACUGAGCUACUGGAGACAGAGAGGGACCUGUCCAGAACGUGGGAGCGGAGCUUCCUGCUUAACCUUGCAGCCUUCCAGGACAAGUGUGGGAAACCUGUAGCCCUCCAGGUGUUACUGAUCUACAACUCCCACCAGCCCCAGCAAGCGCGGCCAGUGGCUACGGAUGAGGAUGAAAAUUACAGCUCAGCAACAUCUGGAGGGGCAAAGGUUCCCCCAUACCUGUCCUGGAAGGCUUCUCCCAUCGUCCAGUCCAGACACUGAGGUCCAGGUCUGAGGGUCUUCUGGCGGUUCCCUCACGGUGAGAAGUGAGGUUACAGGGAACCAGACACAGGGCCUUCUCGGUGGUGGCGCCCGCCCUGCGGAACAGCCUCCCAUUAGAUGUCAAGGAAAUUAAGAACUAUGUUUGACUUGCUUGAAUGGCAUUUGAAGGACGAGGAGGUUAAGUCUGUUAUGAUUCACUGGGCCAAAGAUUUUGGGUAUAAUAUACAGCUGAGUGAUUGGGUGAAAUUAUGGAAAGAAGGUUUAAAAAUUACUGCAUGCAAUGCCCUAAAAGAAAAUGUGAUGAAAAUGAUGUAUAGGUGGUAUAUAACACCUGUUAAGUUAGCGAAAAUUGGGAAGUUUUUGAUGUUUGUUGUGUUAUUGUGUUUUUAAUAUUUUGUUGGGAGCUGCCAACCCAGUCAGAUGGGCAUUGUUGUAUUAUUAUUAUUAUUAAUUAUUAUUAUUAUUAUUAUUAUUAUUACCUCUUCAGGCUCAGCCACAGCGAUAGCGACAGCGACAACAGUGAGGACUCCUGCCUUCCAAGUCGGGAGCCUCCGCCCAACCAGAAAUUACCCCCUUCUAACAAUAAGGUAAUUGUGCAGCAAAGGCAGUUUGGCUUCCUACUCACCCAGCUGUCUGGAAUUUGGCCCAGGUAUACUAAAGGAGUGCAAGGCUGGGGUGCAGGGGCGGGGAACACAGUUGUAGGAGUGGCUGUUUUUGUUUCGUAAGCAGCGGAGAAAGUUGAGCAGAGGAAACAGAAGGAGAAAGGACCAAAGGGAGAAAGGUUACACAUAGUAAUAGCAAGGGAAGAUUGGAAGAAGUUCAUUUAUCGGAGGAAGCAGGGAAGGAGUUGGAGCUCUUUGGUCCUGUCUUCUCAAGGGGACUAAGAACACCUGUGAGGGUAGGCAUAGGCAAACUCAGCCCUCCAGGUGUUUUGGGACUACAAUUCCCAUCAUCCCUGACCACUGAUCCUGUUAACUAGGGAUGAUGGGAGUUGUAGUCCCAAAACAUCUGGAGGGUCGAGUUUGCCUAUGCCUGUGUAAGGGUGUUGAAACAAGGCAGGAACAGAAAUCAGGGUGCGUUGCUAGCUUGUUUCAACAAAUCGUUUAACUAACCGCAGUUCGGGUUCAGGCAUAAGCUGCUGUUAGUUUUAAGGCAGGCAGAGGAUGUUCCAAAUAUCUUCCUUGCAGCCACCCACAAGCCAAAGGCUUGGCCACAUAGGUCAGUGCUAUGUUUUGGUGGCAGGGUUUGUAAAUAGGGGCGCAAGACACCCAAACAAUUGAUGACCUCCCCUCUCGGCAGAGACAGAGUACAGAACCCUGUAGGAGAAACCACUAUCCCCAUUUUGCCACCUUCUCCAAACUGGUAUCCUCCAGGUAUUACUGGACUGCAAAUCCCAUCAUCCCUGCCCAGCGGCCAUUCUGGAUGCAGCUCUUGGGAUUGAAAUCUAUGGAGGAUACUGGGUUCAAGAAGGCUGCUGGUUGGCAUAAGGGCAUCUGUUGAGAUCAUAACUGAGUAGAGAUUUGAAUGAGGACCUUUCCUUGUUUCCUGCUCCUUGCCCCUACUCCCACGCUGAAUCGAUCUUGCUUGGGGAGCUCUGGCUGGCGGUGGGAAAAUUCCUCAUGGGGGUGGGGGGCAGAAUUGACUCCUCGUUUGUUAUAAGAAGGGGAGAGAACCUGUUUCUGUGCCUGGUUUCCAGUUUGAAGGAGCACGGUCUUUGCAGCUUAUCGUGGCUCUGCUGCAACGGUUGCCUUUUGUCCCCUCUGAACUGGCUUGUGAGCGCGUUCCCCUUCUUUAACCGCUUUCAGGUAACUGGGAGGAAGAGUCCAGAGUCCUGCAGCAAGCCAGAAAAGAUUCUGAAGAAAGGGACCUAUGACAAGGUACCUCCAUGGAGAGGGGCAUUUAAAUUGUGGGAGGGAGGGAGGGAAAGAAGGAGAAGCCAUCUGUUGGCAGAGGGAGCCCUUUGCCGCUCAGGACAAAGCAAGCCAGCCCUAACAAGGCUCAAGCCACCUCUUUUGAAAUGUGCAAAGCUGUCUUCUGCAGAGCUAGGCCAAUAGUUCAUACCCAAUAUUGUCUCCUCUGGCAGGAAGCAGCUCCCUGGCUGCCUUUCCUAACCCUGCUAGAUUUGAGAGCUCCCAGUACUUUCUCCUCCCACACCCAAGCUUCUCCCUGGGCAGCAGGAAGGGGAUAUACUGAUUCUUUUUUACUUGAUUUCGGAGGCGGCCCAUUUAUUGCCUUUCUGUCAUCAGGUGUGGCCAACUCCCAAGAGACUGUGAUCAGAGAGUUUAAAAUUGGCAGUGAUCUACCCCAUUUUGGGGGGUUCAGGUCAAAGUUGUUGAGCUUCUUUGGGAGUCAGUGAUCUACCACAGACGUCCAGUGAUCUACCUCCAGUAGAUCACAAUCUAGAUCUACCUGUUGGACGUGCCUGAUCUAGAUGGUGGGUACAGGAAAUCAGGUUCCUUUUUAUUUUUCUCCUUUGAAACAAAAGGAGAGGAUCUGGUCUUUUUAUAAGGAAACUUCAUACAGAGUAGGUGCGUUGCUGCUGCUUUUGUUGUUGCUGCUGUUGCUGGAGCAAAGCUUCAAAUAGCCCUGUUGUUCAGCCCUAGCAGCAACACAGGCUCUGCUACCAGAGACGCUUUAAUGCAAUUGUGGCCCUCCAGACAUUGCUGAACAACAACUCCCAUCAUCCCUGGUCAUUGGUCAUGUUUGCAGGGACCGGUGGGAGCUGUAGUUCUGCAGCUUCUGGAGACCCAAAGGUUCCCCCAUACAGUGGUGCCCCGCAAGACGAAUGCCUCGCAAGACGGAAAACCCGCUAAACAAAAGGGUUUUCCGUUUCUGAGUUGCUUCGCAGGACGAAUUUCCCUAUGGGCUUGCUUCGCAAGACGAAAAUGUCUUGCGAGUCUUGAGAUUUUUUUUCCGCUUCCCCCCCCCCUUUAUCUAAGCCGCUAAGCCUUUAAUAGCCUUUUAGCAGCUAAUCCGCUAAACUGAUAAGCCUUUAAUAGCUGCUAAACUGCUAAUAGCGCUAAUCCGUUAAGCCGCUAAUAGGGUUGCUUCGCAAGACGAAAAAACCGCUAGACGAAGACACUCGCGGAACGGAUUAAUUUCGUCUUGCGAGGCACCACUGUACCUCCUUUAAUGGAUGCCAGAGAUUAUACCUGCACUGCUUGUAUGCAUACAAGACUUGUCUUCCCAUUUUCUUUUAGGCUGGUUUUUGCGUUGCCGUUUCCCCUCCAACCCCCAACCCUUUGUACAACUCCACAGUGUGCUCAUGUGUAAUGCAGGAGUUCUAAUUCACUGGGCAUCACUCCUAACCCACCCACCCACCAUGUCCAUUUUUUGCAAAGGAGGACAGAAACCUUCCCCACUGUCCCCCUGAACUGGCAGCAGCGUAUUUGCCCUUCAGGCUAUUGGGGGGGGGGGAGUGAGCAUUAAUCAGCUCUUUGUUGGCAAGAGGUCUGAAAACCUCAAGAUUCAGAGUUCUCCUUGCUAAUGUUCCUUCUUCCCUCUCCCAAGGCCUACACUGAUGAGUUGGUGGAACUUCAUCGGAGGCUGAUGGCUUUACGGGAACGAAAUGUGCUUCAGCAGGUAAGGACAUGUUAGGUGGCUUUUGGUGUGGGAUGCAAGUUGAAGCCAGAGAGGAAUGUUAAACGUUCUCUUUUGCCACAGUGCAAUGAAUGGUGGUGGUGCUCUUGUUGUUUUCAGAUUAUCUUGUUCAGGCACCUUAUGCAUAUAUCCAACUGUAACCUGUAGUUAUUGUUAUUAUUAUUAUUAUUAUUAUUAUUAGUUUUGUGACCUUGCAAAUUCAACAGAAGCUGUCCUGGGAGCAAAUACGGGUCUCAAAAGUUGGAUAGGCUAGCAGUUUGAAAGAUAAAUACUGAAAUGCUUCUCUCCCCCCCCCCCCGCCCUAAUAACUACAUGUAGGCGAAGGACGGGGAGAUUUCUGAUGAAGUGAUUCUGUGAUGUUUUUCCCCUUGAAGUCCUGGGAAGACUUCUUGUGAGUCUUCUUGUUCCUGCCCCCAGGCAGAUGUGGGGUCUUCCUUUGCCUUGCCAUGGCUGUCUUCACACCUUUCAAAUCAGCAAUCCCGCUUGAAUUACAGUGGUACCUCGGGUUACAUACGCUUCAGGUUACAGACUCCGCUAACCCAGAAAUAGUACCUCGGGUUAAGAACUUUGCUUCAGGAUGAAUUUGUGCUCUGGCGGCGCGGCGGCAGCAGGAGGCCCCAUUAGCUAAAGUGGUGCUUCAGGUUAAGAACAGUUUCAGGUUAAGUAUGGACCUCCGGAACGAAUUAAGUACUUAACCCGAGGUACCACUGUACUAUUAGCCUUGCCCACAAGUAAUGUCUAAUGGGGAUAAAUACAUCUCUAGCCAGAAAGUGUUCUGCCAGCAGGACUUAGAUAAGAAUCUCCAGGCCUGCAUCAGGUACCAGUCUUUGAUGUCUCCCAAUUUGCUAUUGCCUUGUUGUUCUGCUGCAAUACAGCCAAGGUAGUUUGUGUCCUAUGCCACGAAGCAGCCUUUCAUGGAGACAAGAGGGUCAGACCAAGGAAGCGGGGGGGGGGGGGGCACUGCACAUGGCUUUUUAAAAUGGCGCACAAAGUGUGAACGAUUGGUCCCUGUCUGAAUUUCCGCAGUGGGACAGGCAGUGAGAGAGAGAGCAAGGGCAGAGAACAAACUCUCUGCGUUGCGCUGGCACAGAAUAUUGGUGUCUCACAGACCUAACAUAUAGAAUAAGAGAACAAGAAGAACAUACGUUUAAAGAAGAUUGGAAAACAUUUAUUGAAUAUAUGGAGGGAAAUUGUGCACAUUUGAAAACGCUGGCAGCAUUAAGAUAAAUUCAACUGUGUAGAUAAGUUUUGAUGGAUGUAAUAAUGGAAUACUGAAUGGUUUAGUUUAUGUAAAAUAUGCAGGGAUUUAUGUUAUGUGAAAUGAACCGUGGGAAGAGAAGAAGGGAAGUCAUUGAUAUUUUAAGGUGGUUUAAAUGACUAUUCUAAAAUGUAAAACAGAAAAUUUAAUAAGGGGAAAAAAAGAAUAUUUGUGUCUCACUCCAAUCCUUUUCCUCCCCGGCCCAGAUUGUAAAUCUCAUUGAGGAAACCGGACAUUUCAAUGUCACCAACACAACCUUCGACUUUGACUUGUUCUCCUUGGACGAAACGACCGUCCGCAAGCUGCAGAGCUACCUGGAGGCUGUGGCUACGUGACCCUUGGCUCCGGAAGCUGGACGCUUUUUUUUGAAACCAGAAUCCCCGUCUCUUCGGUACCAGGAAAUGGACUCGUGGACCUUGGCCGCCGCCUUAUCCUCUCGAUUCACCUGAAGCACUGCCUUAGGGAUCAGCCACGCUCUAGGAACACGCUGUUGCUGCUGCUGCCGCCGCCGCCGCUUCUGCCGCCGCCACCAGCCACGCUCCUCCUCUUGGGCUUCAGCCGAGCGCUCGCCCUUGGCGGGCCUGUCCUCCUUCGCUUCAGAAGCUUUGCUUGGAACUGGUAGAGUAAAAGCUGCGCUGGUCCUAGCCGCGACACCGCGCUCUCCUUGGUUGUUUGGUUGUUGCUGUUUUUUAAUUCCGGCUUUUUAAAUUUUAGAACGAGAUUCUCUUAUGUGUGUGUGUUUUUAAGAAAAAGAAUGCACGUUUGAGGCAUCCUCUUUUUAAGUUCGGGAUAAAACUCAGCUGCCGUUUCUGCGCGGAACCUACGGACGUGAAAACAACCUGGCCUGCAGGCGUCGCGAGGCUUGCCCCCCCCCUUUGCCUCUUCCCGCUGCCUCUCACCCCAGGUCACAUGGAGAGACGUUCCGAUCAGAUCAGGGCAGGCGUUGGUGCAGCCGAAUCACACGACUUGCCCAGAGGACAGCCACCCUUGUUGGGGCCAGUGGAGUCUUGUGGGGCGGGUUCUGCGUCCCGGGUGCAGCGGCGCCCGGCCUGAACUUGCUCCUCUGCGUGUGGGACGAUUUCCGAAACGUACUUGCGCCCGCUGACGGCGCCUGCCAUCUCGCACUUGAGGCUUUUCGAUGUGGUGCUGGAUCCAGUUCCCCAAACAAGAGCCUUGUUCCUUUUCCCCCUGUUUGAUCUGCU